CAGUUACUUAACCGACGAUAGCGAGGGACGAUAAUAAAAGAAGGGAAGAAGAAGAAGAGAGAGAGAGAGAGAGAGAGAGAGAGUAGGGCUCAGAUCUACUACAGCCAAACACCCCUCAACCACAACAACAACUACAACGAAAGCAACGACUACAACAAAAGCAUAGGGCUUCGUUACUCCUUUUCUUCCUAUCUUUCUCUCUGUAUCUCAGACUCUUUUCUUUUGUAUUCUGUCUUUUCUCUCUCUCUCUCUCUAUCUCUCUCCAUCUCUCGAGACAGAAAGAGAGAGAGAGAGGGAGGUAGACAUCGGAUCCGUUCCCUGACUCCGAGAUCGAAAAGGGAUUUAUCGGGUUUCGGAUUCGAAUCUCUCUGUCUGUGUUUCUGUCUUUGUCGGAUCUCUCAAAACCCGAUUUUCAUUUCUUCUUUCUGAUUUAACAACGGCUGUGGUAGGAUUUGAGGAAAAAGGAGGUGAGAAGGGGAUACGAUCUGAUCCUUCUAUCUUGUGGGGGUGGGGCAUUCAGAUGGGAAUGCCCCAACCAUGAGCCAUUCUCAUUACCAAGAAGAGGAAGAAGAAGAAGAAGAAGAAGAAGAGCAUUUCUUUGAAUCUCUUGAUCGGAUCCUUUCGUCGUCUUCGCCGUCGUCCUCGUCCUCUGAAACCGACCAGGUCGGUGUUGGAGGGAGGAGGAGGAGGAGGAGGAGAGGCCCUCCUCCUUUCGCUGAUUAUGUGCAAUCGUUGCCUUCAUCAUCGCCGCCGAAUCAAAUUCCCGACAUGGCUGUCUACGACGUCUGGAUCGCGGAGCCCGCGCCGGUUGAGGAGCGCCGCAGGCGCCUCCUCCAGCAGUUGGGUCUGAGCAAUGACAGAACCCUCGCGAGGCUGAAGUCCAUGGCUGUCAUUGAGGACGAUGACGGUGGUGGUGGUGGUGGUGAUGCACAGGUCCCCUCUUCUUCCGGCAGUAGCAGGACUGUGGAGAUCAAGCGAUCUGCAUCGUGCAACGACCAGCUGCAGUUGAAUCAGGGCUGCACAAGCGCCAAUUCGCCCAUUCCUCGAUCCAGGUCAGACAGUGGCCCAGCCACCAUUUCAGCUUCAAACUCUUCCAACUGUUCAAACAAUCACCUUGAUACCUCCUUCCCUCCAAUUCAUUCAAUUCAAUCCAUUCGUUUAUUUCAAUCAGACGAUCCUGUGACCGUUUGUCCUGUACAUAGUGAUAGCAAUAAUACCCCUUACACCUUUCUCCACUCCAAACAUGGAACCAACGACACUAAUUCGCUGCUGGUUGCCAAUGCCGCCUCACCCAAUAAACCCCCAAUUGGGAAAUCAUCUCGGAGAGCGGACCCCACACACCCUGCUAGCUCCCAUGUUGUCACAGCCAAUGAUGACGAUCCAGACAGUAUUGGCCGGGACCGCCUUUGCACAAUCAAGAAUCUCGACAAUGGAAAGGAGUUUGUGGUAAAUGAGUUUGGGGAGGAUGGCAUGUGGAACAAGCUCAGAGAAGUUGGGACGGGCCGCCAGCUCACCCGUGAGGAAUUUGAGAUGUCUGUGGGCCAUUCCCCUAUAGUUCAAGAAUUGAUGCGGAGGCAGAACUUCGAAGAAUCAUUGGGCAGUGGGAAGAAAGAUGAUUUGGAUUCGAGCGGGAAAAGUGGCGGAUCCAAAUCGAAGAAGAAAGGGGGUGGUUGGCUGAAGAGCAUAAAGCACGUUGCCAGCACCAUGACAGGCCACAGGGAGAGGCGGAGCAGCGAUGAGAGGGAUACUUCAUCAGAGAAAGGCGGGAGGAGGUCAAGUUCUGCUACGGAUGACAGUCAGGAUGUCUCUUCUCACACUUCUGAGAGGACCAAGGUCCGAAACUAUGGCAAACCUUACAAAGAGCUUACAGCACUUUACAUGAGCCAAGAGGUUCGGGCCCACAACGGGUCCAUUUGGAGCAUAAAAUUCAGCUCAGACGGGCGAUAUCUUGCAAGUGCUGGGGAGGAUCGUGUAAUUCACAUCUGGCAGGUUGUGGAAUCCGAGAGGAAGGGUGAUCUUCUGACAGAGAAAUUUGAAGAUGGGAAUUCAAUUCCGUUCUUUGGUGGCAAUGGGUCACCCGAACCAACAUUGGUUUCUUCAAAUACAGAGAGCCAUUUGGAGAAAAAGAGGAGAUCAAAGGUCUCUUACAACAGGAAAUCUUUGCACUUGGACCAUGUGGUGGUGCCAGAGAGCGUGUUUGCGCUUUCGGAGAAGCCCAUCUGCUCGUUUAAAGGCCACCUUGCCGAUGUGCUGGAUCUAUCAUGGUCCAAAUCUCAGCAUUUGCUUUCAUCUUCGAUGGACAAAACAGUUAGGCUGUGGCACAUGUCUAGCAAUUCUUGUCUGAAAACAUUCUCACACAGUGAUUAUGUUACUUGCAUCCAGUUCAAUCCUGUGGACGAUAGAUACUUCAUUAGUGGAUCCCUAGAUGCGAAGGUCCGCAUAUGGAGCAUUCUAGAUCGUAAAGUUGUUGAUUGGAAUGAGCUCAAUGAGAUGGUCACUGCUGCAUGCUACACGCCAGAUGGCCAGGGUGCGUUUGUUGGUUCACACAAGGGGAGUUGCCGUUUAUACAACACAUCCGACAAUAAGCUGCAUCAGGAAAGUCAAAUAGAUCUACAAAACAAGAAAAAGAGAUCCGGUGUCAAGAAAAUCACCAGUUUCCAGUUUGCCCCAGGGAGUUCGUCAGAAGUGCUUAUUACAUCUGCAGAUUCUCGAAUCAGGGUUGUUGAUGGUGUUGAUCUGAUUCACAAGUUCAAAGGGUUCCGCAAUACAAGCAGCCAAAUCUCCGCCUCCUUGACUGCAAAUGGGAAAUAUGUGGUCUGUGCCAGCGAGGAUUCUCAAGUGUACGUGUGGGGAUAUGAUGGUGAUUCACGCCCCAGCAGAAGCAAAGGCGUCACAGUCACACAGUCUUAUGAACAUUUUCAUUGUAGAGAUGUAACAGUGGCCAUUCCUUGGCCUGGCGUUGCCAUGGGAAUGGCGAUGCAGGAGACCUGUUGCAGCGAACAGAGCACCGAAGCCUCUACAACCAACCGUCCGGUACGGGUCGAGGGUGCAAACAGACAAGAAGGGUCGCCGUCUGCAUCCGGCUGCGGGGAUAGCCCAUUGCAUGCUGUUCCCAACUCGAAUGGUAAUUACUUCUCCGACAGGACAUCUGCAACGUGGCCUGAGGAAAAGCUGGUCUUGUCGACAGAGAGGCGUUCCUCCCAGAGCAGUGGUGACUUUUUUAGCAGCAGGUCCGCCUGGGGGAUGGUGAUUGUGACUGCUGGGCUCGGAGGGGAAAUCAAGAUAUUCCAAAAUUUUGGCUUGCCAGUUCGGAUUUGAAGAGGCUUGCUAAUCCUACAUGUUGCCUCCUGUGCCACUGGCACACGUGUGCUACAUCCAAGUGUGCAUCGGGCAGGCCACACACAUUCACAUUGAAUUGGGACUGUAACUGUUUUUUCGUUUUGUACGUGUGGUCCACCUGAUCAUGGGAACCGGGCAUCUACACAGCUGAAUCCACAUGACACGCUGCUAGGAUCUGGCGCAUGUGUGUCAUUGCAGUUGGGGUUCAGGGGGUGAUGUGUAGAAUGAGUAAACUUCAGGAUUUGUGGGCGAUGAUCACGGACAGCUAACUGGUGAGGUUCGCAGCAAUGGCAGCAGCUUAUAUUGGCAUUUUGCUGGCCCAUCUCUGCCCAUAUACAUUGUCAUCCUUAGAAUUCAAGCUCUUUAAUUAGUUUUUGUGUAUAGAUAGAUAUAUGGUGAGGAUUGUAAUAUUCAGGGGCCACAUCCCUUCCGUCAGUGCACGUGUAAUUGGAACUGUAGAGUAAGAGCAUGCAAAAGACAGUUUGAUAUCAAUGGAUUCUUUUUUUACGAUUCAAACUCA